UUCUCAUCGUUAUACACAGAGCGUCGUAACAAAUACUACGUUAAAAAAAAACACUUAUUAUUAAAAGUUAGGUCGAACACAACGUGUAAACUUGUUGUCGGUAGUCGGUUCAAUAUUUUUAAGUUAGAUCAUCAACGUAAUUUGGUCUCAGAACAAGAGCGGUAGAGCUUGGCUAAAUUUAGAUUAACGUGUGUAGUGUUCGGUGAUGAUAUUAGUAAUACGGUGAAAACAAAUUCAACGAAAUAAAUUAUUAAUUUCUGUAAAAAUACCUCGAAUAAUCAAAUUUUUUCUAAAUUUUCGAAUCAUUUCAUAUGGAUACGAAUGAUUUAUGCUCGUUAUUUUUUUAUUUUUGUGUCGUUUGUAUUGUGUAUUUUUGUGUUGAUUCCAAAUUCGCUUUAAUUACAUUAAUAAUUUGUGCUUAUUUUGAAGGGCAUUUAUAACGAACUUUUGAAUAAAAAUGGCUGCAUCAACAAUGCUAUCAACCGUACAACCACAAUUAAAAAGUACAUUCAAUACAAAUUAUAAUAAUUAUUCAACCAAUGGUACAACAACAUAUAAGACAUAUGAUCCAAUGGGUGGUGGAUAUUCCACGGCAAAUAACAACAAUAACAAUAAUCACAAUAAUAAUAAUAAUAAUAAUACAACAAAUUAUCAACCACAACAAAGGCAACCUGUUUAUAAUUAUAAUUGGUUAUGUUUGUCUGUGGAUCCAAAUCAACCACCUUUACCACAAAAUGAUAAUGUUCAGCCAAAAUUAAUGUCACCACCGAUAUGGAAUACAUAUUCAGCUCCACCGCCUGCACCUCAACCCAUUUAUAAUAAUACAUAUAGUAAUUAUUAUAAUCCGUCCAUAGAAUACGAUUUUUUAGAUAUUGAUGAGAAAUUUAAAUCAUUAUCACUUUAUGAUACAAUGAAACCAGCAAAAAUACCGCCAUCAACGUAUAUGUGUCAUUUAUGUUUUAAAUCCGGACAUUACAUCACUGAUUGUUUAAAGAAAUAUAUUAAGUUCCAGGCUCGUACGAAAGGUGAUGGUGUAACCCCUUACCAGGGGAGAAAACGUUGCUUUGGAGAGUAUAAAUGUCCAAAAUGUAAGCGAAAAUGGAUGUCAGGAAAUUCCUGGGCGAACAUGGGACAGGAAUGUAUUAAAUGCCGGAUAAAUGUUUAUCCACAUAAACAGCGACCAUUAGAAAAACCGGAUGGAUUAGAUGUCAGCGACCAGUCCAAGGUACACCCUCAACAAUUAUGCGAGAAAUGUAGAUUAUUAGGUUACUAUUGUCGAAGACUUCAAUGAGAAGCAAAGAAAAACGAACGACUUUUUUAAUAAAUAUUUUUUUCAUAUUAAGUGCCAAAUUUACUUAAGAAUAUUUUUUUAAUUUUUGUUAUUAAAAGCAAAGUUUUAUGAAAUUGAAUAUAUGCUUUUUUGCAUCAUAUUGCACAAACAGUACAGUAAAAGUUGUAAAAUCGGCUAAUUAAGAAAAUUUAAAUAAACCGCUCACUUUUUGCUAAAAUAUAGAGGAAUGUGUUUCUUACGUGUCAAAUAAGUUGUACUGUUCCAUUUACUUAACAAUUUAUUGUUUAUUAACAGAUAAAAACAUUUGCACAACUAACUCGUGAUUUUCGAAUGAUAUUUGACUUCUAAGAAACACAAUUCACCAGGUUUUCGCAAAAAGUGAGUGGUUUAUUUCAUUUUCCUUCAUCUGUUACAUCUUUGACUGUACUAAAAGAGAUUCUGAUACCAAAGAUAAUUAUAAAUUUUAACGGAAAAAUUUCCAUAUGAGACUAUUUUCUUUAUGAGGCGAAAAAUCUUGCUGGCUGGAAAUAUAUUGCCAGUGUAGUGGCCAACAACUUUUUCCUCUACAAAAAAUUGUAUAGUCGAGGUCGUCUCUUUCAGAUAUCAAUUUGUUCGACUCUCGAAAUAAUGAGAUGUCUGUUAUCCGACACCUUACAAAAUGCAAUCUUUAACGUGUCGGUAGACGCACUCCCUACUUUUUAAAAAAAAUUUCAGUACUUUUUACUCAAUUAUCUUCUUAUUUAAAUAUCUUCCCCCAAUUAAUAUCGGCUAUGAAAAUUUUCAUACAGGAGAACAGUUUCUUGUUCGAGGUGCUUUUUGCCGUAUUAAGAGCUUCUCAAAAGAAAGACUUCGCCAUGAAUAUUUAAUUUGCUCGCAACAUACCUUUC